AUGACUGAUUUCGGAGGCAUCCAUGCCUUCUUCUCGGGAGCGAGACGCAACACACUGCGGUCACGCUUUUAUUGCGACGUACCGACAGAAGUACUGGCACCUCGUUGCGAAGUGGUGUCCAUAGGAGAACCUACACCACUGUUAGCGCCCGAGUCUCGCGACCUCGAGCGCCUUCGCUUCGGCGAUGGUUCAUCUGAUUCAUCAGAUGAACCAAAGAUGCUGCGACGCAAAGCAUCGUCCAUGCCACGCUUGGCAGGCGGCUUGGAUUCAAUCGCCGUCGAUACGGAUCCGUCUUCCGUAUCAGGAGAGUAUGAGACACCGAGCUCGUACUCUGUGAAGACAUGA